AAGUCGGGCGGGGAGAUAUUUCGAAUUUUCCGAUCCGCGGCCAACUUGACUUAUUUUAAAACUCUUUAGAGCGGGUCGACGUACGUGAAAAGUGACUUUUUACCUUUUUUCCUUGCUUUGUGGUGUUGUGUGCGCGUGCAUUUUCCAGAUCAGAGUUAACUGAGUUGUCGUCAUCAUGUCCAGUCGUACAAUUUUAAGUCGUCCGCGUACUAAAAUUUAUAAUUCAAACUACAACAUCGGCGAGAGUUACUACAAGUCGGCUUUGGAUCGUCUGGAUAGGAAAUACUCUGGAAGACCUUUGUCCCCACCACCUCGUCAACCCUCAGCUUUUGGGGCAGAAAUUGAUGACAGACAUGCUAGAAUAUUUGCUGAUGAAGAUUUAAAUGAAUCGAGACGUCGUGCCAGUGAUAGAAUUAGAGAAAAUCAUCUUUUCGACUCCAGAGGAGGAAGAAUCAGAGCAGCUGACUUAUAUGAAGACGGUGCUAUAACUAAUGAAACUUCCGCAGCGUUGAAGAGAAUCAGAGCUGCCAAGAAAGUGACCAUCGUGGACGACGUAGACUUGGAGUCCACGUCCAGCAACUUGAAGACGCAAAGACUGCUGGACAGGUCGGAAAAAAUCCUGGACAGCAUCGGCAUAAACGAGAGUUCGGCUAGUAGAAGAGCUCUGGACAACGACUAUCAAAGCGCUUAUCAGAAGAGAGCUCUUAAAGUAACUUAUGAUGCUGACUCUGAUAACCUGACCAAGUGGUCUCCAGUGGCAGAAAAAAGUGAAUCCGCAGCUGGUUCUGCUGCAGCUUUCCGAGCUCGCCAAUCACGUGCAAGAAUAGAUGAUAUCGAUGAAGAAAUGGCUGCUCUUCAAGAGAAACAAGCUGCUAGGGAACGCAGAGUUGCCAGAUUGAAGCAGUUGGUGGCAGAAUGCGACGCCGAAACUGUCGAUGACAGCGGAAACGCCACUCUAUCUGUCAGCGAGAGAAUAGAGAGAAGGAGUGCACAGUUGCAAUAAGAACAGUUAAUUACAUUCGAGUUUUCAACUGAAGUAGAUAUAUACAAAUAUAGGAAAAUGUAAUAAAAAUACUGUACAUAUCAACCUUGUACUAAUAAUUCAAUUUUUUAGAAAAAAAUCGUUACAAAGAAUCUUAGUUUUUAACGUUUUAAUUUG